UCAACGUCAAAACACCAGUCCCCACUGAGGAUCAUGUCCUUGAGGCCGUCAAGAAGAAAUUGUCUCCUCAAUUCACGACCACUCAAACCACCUUCCAGAAUGCAACUUAUAUCAAACUUACAGAUACUUCAUUUGCCAUCGACCUUGGUUUCAAAAUAACCAAUGUAACCCAGGAGUCUCUAAGUAAUAGACUCACACUCACCAAUGAGACUGAAACCCAGAUACAGGAUUCAAUUAACAGACUACUCCAAAAGGUUCUCAGUGAACCAGAUGGCAAACAGUUUCAAUUUCCCAACGCCAACCUCAUUGAUGAUGGCAACUGAGAUCACGGCAAACGUGACGUAUGUAUACAAAGAGGAAGAUGUCAACCUCCCUAGUGGUUUUCUACAGGAAGUCUUAAAAGUCUCAGGUCUCCUGACCACCACUGUUGCCCCAACAACAACCACCAACACCACACCACUUCCUACCCUUUUGACUUCAGUGACAUCAACAACUAGAUUCGGCACAGUGGGAGUUUUUGUUAAACUGAUAUUCAACGUCAAAACACCAGUCCCCACUGAGGAUCAUGUCCUUGAUGCCGUCAAGAAGCAAUUGUCUCCUCAAUUCACGACCACUCAAACCACCUUCCAGAAUGCAACUUAUAUCAAACUUACAGAUACUUCAUUUGCCAUCGACCUUGGUUUCAAAAUAACCAAUGUAACCCAGGAGUCUCUAAGUAAUAGACUCACACUCACCAAUGAGACUGAAACCCAGAUACAGGAUUCAAUUAACAGACUACUCCAAAAGGUUCUCAGUGAACCAGAUGGCAAACAGUUUCAAUUUCCGAAAGCCAACCUCAUUGAUGAUGGCACUGAGAUCACGGCAAACGUGACGUAUGUAUACAAAGAGGAAGAUGUCAACCUCCCUAGUGGUUUUCUACAGGAAGUCUUAAAAGUCUCAGGUCUCCUGACCACCACUGUUGCCCCAACAACAACCACCAACACCACACCACUUCCUACCCUUUUGACUUCAGUGACAUCAACAACUAGAUUCGGCACAGUGGGAGUUUUUGUUAAACUGAUAUUCAACGUCAAAACACCAGUCCCCACUGAGGAUCAUGUCCUUGAUGCCGUCAAGAAGCAAUUGUCUCCUCAAUUCACGACCACUCAAACCACCUUCCAGAAUGCAACUUAUAUCAAACUUACAGAUACUUCAUUUGCCAUCGACCUUGGUUUCAAAAUAACCAAUGUAACCCAGGAGUCUCUAAGUAAUAGACUCACACUCACCAAUGAGACUGAAACCCAGAUACAGGAUUCAAUUAACAGACUACUCCAAAAGGUUCUCAGUGAACCAGAUGGCAAACAGUUUCAAUUUCCGAAAGCCAACCUCAUUGAUGAUGGCACUGAGAUCACGGCAAACGUGACGUAUGUAUACAAAGAGGAAGAUGUCAACCUCCCUAGUGGUUUUCUACAGGAAGUCUUAAAAGUCUCAGGUCUCCUGACCACCACUGUUGCCCCAACAACAACCACCAACACCACACCACUUCCUACCCUUUUGACUUCAGUGACAUCAACAACUAGAUUCGGCACAGUGGGAGUUUUUGUUAAACUGAUAUUCAACGUCAAAACACCAGUCCCCACUGAGGAUCAUGUCCUUGAUGCCGUCAAGAAGCAAUUGUCUCCUCAAUUCACGACCACUCAAACCACCUUCCAGAAUGCAACUUAUAUCAAACUUACAGAUACUUCAUUUGCCAUCGACCUUGGUUUCAAAAUAACCAAUGUAACCCAGGAGUCUCUAAGUAAUAGACUCACACUCACCAAUGAGACUGAAACCCAGAUACAGGAUUCAAUUAACAGACUACUCCAAAAGGUUCUCAGUGAACCAGAUGGCAAACAGUUUCAAUUUCCCAACGCCAACCUCAUUGAUGAUGGCACUGAGAUCACGGCAAACGUGACGUAUGUAUACAAAGAGGAAGAUGUCAACCUCCCUAGUGGUUUUCUACAGGAAGUCUUAAAAGUCUCAGGUCUCCUGACCACCACUGUUGCCCCAACAACAACCACCAACACCACACCACUUCCUACCCUUUUGACUUCAGUGACAUCAACAACUAGAUUCGGCACAGUGGGAGUUUUUGUUAAACUGAUAUUCAACGUCAAAACACCAGUCCCCACUGAGGAUCAUGUCCUUGAUGCCGUCAAGAAGCAAUUGUCUCCUCAAUUCACGACCACUCAAACCACCUUCCAGAAUGCAACUUAUAUCAAACUUACAGAUACUUCAUUUGCCAUCGACCUUGGUUUCAAAAUAACCAAUGUAACCCAGGAGUCUCUAAGUAAUAGACUCACACUCACCAAUGAGACUGAAACCCAGAUACAGGAUUCAAUUAACAGACUACUCCAAAAGGUUCUCAGUGAACCAGAUGGCAAACAGUUUCAAUUUCCGAAAGCCAACCUCAUUGAUGAUGGCACUGAGAUCACGGCAAACGUGACGUAUGUAUACAAAGAGGAAGAUGUCAACCUCCCUAGUGGUUUUCUACAGGAAGUCUUAAAAGUCUCAGGUCUCCUGACCACCACUGUUGCCCCAACAACAACCACCAACACCACACCACUUCCUACCCUUUUGACUUCAGUGACAUCAACAACUAGAUUCGGCACAGUGGGAGUUUUUGUUAAACUGAUAUUCAACGUCAAAACACCAGUCCCCACUGAGGAUCAUGUCCUUGAUGCCGUCAAGAAGCAAUUGUCUCCUCAAUUCACGACCACUCAAACCACCUUCCAGAAUGCAACUUAUAUCAAACUUACAGAUACUUCAUUUGCCAUCGACCUUGGUUUCAAAAUAACCAAUGUAACCCAGGAGUCUCUAAGUAAUAGACUCACACUCACCAAUGAGACUGAAACCCAGAUACAGGAUUCAAUUAACAGACUACUCCAAAAGGUUCUCAGUGAACCAGAUGGCAAACAGUUUCAAUUUCCCAACGCCAACCUCAUUGAUGAUGGCACUGAGAUCACGGCAAACGUGACGUAUGUAUACAAAGAGGAAGAUGUCAACCUCCCUAGUGGUUUUCUACAGGAAGUCUUAAAAGUCUCAGGUCUCCUGACCACCACUGUUGCCCCAACAACAACCACCAACACCACACCACUUCCUACCCUUUUGACUUCAGUGACAUCAACAACUAGAUUCGGCACAGUGGGAGUUUUUGUUAAACUGAUAUUCAACGUCAAAACACCAGUCCCCACUGAGGAUCAUGUCCUUGAUGCCGUCAAGAAGCAAUUGUCUCCUCAAUUCACGACCACUCAAACCACCUUCCAGAAUGCAACUUAUAUCAAACUUACAGAUACUUCAUUUGCCAUCGACCUUGGUUUCAAAAUAACCAAUGUAACCCAGGAGUCUCUAAGUAAUAGACUCACACUCACCAAUGAGACUGAAACCCAGAUACAGGAUUCAAUUAACAGACUACUCCAAAAGGUUCUCAGUGAACCAGAUGGCAAACAGUUUCAAUUUCCCAACGCCAACCUCAUUGAUGAUGGCACUGAGAUCACGGCAAACGUGACGUAUGUAUACAAAGAGGAAGAUGUCAACCUCCCUAGUGGUUUUCUACAGGAAGUCUUAAAAGUCUCAGGUCUCCUGACCACCACUGUUGCCCCAACAACAACCACCAACACCACACCACUUCCUACCCUUUUGACUUCAGUGACAUCAACAACUAGAUUCGGCACAGUGGGAGUUUUUGUUAAACUGAUAUUCAACGUCAAAACACCAGUCCCCACUGAGGAUCAUGUCCUUGAUGCCGUCAAGAAGCAAUUGUCUCCUCAAUUCACGACCACUCAAACCACCUUCCAGAAUGCAACUUAUAUCAAACUUACAGAUACUUCAUUUGCCAUCGACCUUGGUUUCAAAAUAACCAAUGUAACCCAGGAGUCUCUAAGUAAUAGACUCACACUCACCAAUGAGACUGAAACCCAGAUACAGGAUUCAAUUAACAGACUACUCCAAAAGGUUCUCAGUGAACCAGAUGGCAAACAGUUUCAAUUUCCGAAAGCCAACCUCAUUGAUGAUGGCACUGAGAUCACGGCAAACGUGACGUAUGUAUACAAAGAGGAAGAUGUCAACCUCCCUAGUGGUUUUCUACAGGAAGUCUUAAAAGUCUCAGGUCUCCUGACCACCACUGUUGCCCCAACAACAACCACCAACACCACACCACUUCCUACCCUUUUGACUUCAGUGACAUCAACAACUAGAUUCGGCACAGUGGGAGUUUUUGUUAAACUGAUAUUCAACGUCAAAACACCAGUCCCCACUGAGGAUCAUGUCCUUGAUGCCGUCAAGAAGCAAUUGUCUCCUCAAUUCACGACCACUCAAACCACCUUCCAGAAUGCAACUUAUAUCAAACUUACAGAUACUUCAUUUGCCAUCGACCUUGGUUUCAAAAUAACCAAUGUAACCCAGGAGUCUCUAAGUAAUAGACUCACACUCACCAAUGAGACUGAAACCCAGAUACAGGAUUCAAUUAACAGACUACUCCAAAAGGUUCUCAGUGAACCAGAUGGCAAACAGUUUCAAUUUCCGAAAGCCAACCUCAUUGAUGAUGGCACUGAGAUCACGGCAAACGUGACGUAUGUAUACAAAGAGGAAGAUGUCAACCUCCCUAGUGGUUUUCUACAGGAAGUCUUAAAAGUCUCAGGUCUCCUGACCACCACUGUUGCCCCAACAACAACCACCAACACCACACCACUUCCUACCCUUUUGACUUCAGUGACAUCAACAACUAGAUUCGGCACAGUGGGAGUUUUUGUUAAACUGAUAUUCAACGUCAAAACACCAGUCCCCACUGAGGAUCAUGUCCUUGAUGCCGUCAAGAAGCAAUUGUCUCCUCAAUUCACGACCACUCAAACCACCUUCCAGAAUGCAACUUAUAUCAAACUUACAGAUACUUCAUUUGCCAUCGACCUUGGUUUCAAAAUAACCAAUGUAACCCAGGAGUCUCUAAGUAAUAGACUCACACUCACCAAUGAGACUGAAACCCAGAUACAGGAUUCAAUUAACAGACUACUCCAAAAGGUUCUCAGUGAACCAGAUGGCAAACAGUUUCAAUUUCCGAAAGCCAACCUCAUUGAUGAUGGCACUGAGAUCACGGCAAACGUGACGUAUGUAUACAAAGAGGAAGAUGUCAACCUCCCUAGUGGUUUUCUACAGGAAGUCUUAAAAGUCUCAGGUCUCCUGACCACCACUGUUGCCCCAACAACAACCACCAACACCACACCACUUCCUACCCUUUUGACUUCAGUGACAUCAACAACUAGAUUCGGCACAGUGGGAGUUUUUGUUAAACUGAUAUUCAACGUCAAAACACCAGUCCCCACUGAGGAUCAUGUCCUUGAUGCCGUCAAGAAGCAAUUGUCUCCUCAAUUCACGACCACUCAAACCACCUUCCAGAAUGCAACUUAUAUCAAACUUACAGAUACUUCAUUUGCCAUCGACCUUGGUUUCAAAAUAACCAAUGUAACCCAGGAGUCUCUAAGUAAUAGACUCACACUCACCAAUGAGACUGAAACCCAGAUACAGGAUUCAAUUAACAGACUACUCCAAAAGGUUCUCAGUGAACCAGAUGGCAAACAGUUUCAAUUUCCGAACGCCAACCUCAUUGAUGAUGGCACUGAGAUCACGGCAAACGUGACGUAUGUAUACAAAGAGGAAGAUGUCAACCUCCCUAGUGGUUUUCUACAGGAAGUCUUAAAAGUCUCAGGUCUCCUGACCACCACUGUUGCCCCAACAACAACCACCAACACCACACCACUUCCUACCCUUUUGACUUCAGUGACAUCAACAACUAGGUAAGCAAGAUCAUUUAUUAUAAUGUUUUCAUACAAUUCAAU